GUCGGCGUUAACUAGAUUAGGCGCUAGGACGCCAUGUCCGGUGUUCUAUGUUCGCUAUCUAUGCCUAACAAACGUAAAUGAUGCAUUUGAUAAAUUCAGAAUAACGGAAAAGGUUUUUGUUUGUGACAAACCCUAUAAAUUUAAUAAAUUUAAUUGUAGCAUAAUGUGGCUGGUCAAGUGAGCAGUAUUUGUCGGCUCAGCACUCAUUAGGAUGUUUCUUGGGAAAUCUGUUGCCUGUUCCAUUUUCUACUACUCCGGGUUCGGUUAUCUGUUUCGCAAGUAGAGUGGCUAUUCUGGGUUAUCCUCAACUUUUUUCAAGACACUGAUGAGGCAUUACCUAGAAGUUAUCGUAUUGUUGCACCCGUAGUUCUAAAUGAAGUCGAUUUCAGGUAAUUGCUUGAGUGCCUUGAAGGCGUAGGGCAGUCGAUUCUGAUAGCUCGACCAUUCACCUUGCAAAAUACUAAGUAGUUCGUUCCAUGUUAAAGAAGACACUUGGAGAAACUCUGUGUAAAGCCCAAGGAGAGUUGCACACUGAGAUGCGUUAGUUGUGUUAGAACCGAAUUAUUUUUGCUGGGGAAAUAUCUUUAUAGAGCCAACUGUGGGCGCACGUGGCCAGUUCUCCGUUAACCGAGUCUCACAAGUGGUUAGACGGUCAUGCUAGGUUUCAUGGACUGCUUCGAUCCACUAGAUAACCUGGAACUUCUGUUUUAGUCUAAUCUGCGUGCUAUUUAUCAAUACAGAAAAUGUUUAUUCCGUUUUAUCAGUAGCUGCAUAUUUCUCGUUAAUCAGUCUAGAGGGCUAUCCUGAAGUGGAUGAUACAGCUACCUACGAAGCAUACCAAGUUCCUUUUUUUCUACCGCAACUGCCAAGGCCAGAGUUGGUGGAUUGACAGACCUAUACCGGAAUGCAUCGUAGAUUCAAAACUGAUCCUAAAGCGAGUAUCGGGAAAUUAGUAGAUUUACGUAAACUUGCCACAAGCAUGUCUGUAUCUGAAAGCUAUCUUCGUGGAAAUAACUUGCAAACAAAACUACAACGUAGCUAAGAACUUCGAGGCAGUUUACAGUGAAAGUUCUCAGGCUCAGCUUGCAACAGCAUGAGUAAUGUUGGCCUUUUGCAUCUUGUCAAUUAAAGCAUGUUCUGUGGUGAAGCAGUUUGGUAAUCCCAUAGUGUCCGUUGCGCAAUUGUAGGUUUAAGUGGGUAAAUGCGAGAGAUGGUUGCGAGUCUAGAUGGCAAUGUUUUUUGUUAUACGAGAAUAUAAUUGGCUUGAAAGAAGUUGUAUUUGUAACCUUCCAGGCGUCCGCAAAAAGUGGGAAUGCCGUUAAUUUCACUCAGUUUGUAGUUAUGUUGCUUCAAGCCGUUAGAUGUAGUAAAAUAGGAUCAAGGUAGCUAACCAUUAUGGUAUAUAGUUUGCGGUUUCCAACUACAAAGCUGUUGUGAAUUGGAUAAAUCCUUAUUUGGAAACUGACAUUUAAAGACAUUCGGGACCUCCCAGUUUAGAGUGAACUGAAAGCGGUAAGUGUAUAUCAAAGAUUCUCUAACUCUGUAUCCCUUUAAAAAUCAAAACAUACAGUCGAGAUUGUUGCAUAAAGAUAGUAUUUUCAGGUGUUAAAUCUUAUAUUUUAAGCAGAUUGAGCAGAGCUCUAGCUCAGCCUGUUCUCUAUGCAUAUUUAUUUACUAAGUAAUGUAGCAAAUCUAAGUCUAGGAGUAGGUUCCAAGUCCUACUUUUCUUUCCAAGUAAGAUGAUUUACUGGAAAACAGAGAUCUUAAAAUUGUCUAACUCUGUACAAACCAUUAAAAAGCAACGCUGGUUUGGUAACUGGUCUAGAAAACCAGUCGUGCUCAAACAAAAAAAAAACGGUUGAAUUAAAGCUUGUGCUCACGAUAAUGAGACAUCGGAGCUAGAUGAGAAUCUGUGUAUGGCCAUGACGCUUAGAAAACAGCAGAGUAGUUUUCUUAUGAAUCCGGAAAUUAUGUAACGUAGCUUCGGAUUCCUUCUUGACCAUGUUUAUCUCAUUCUCUAAUAACUAUUGUAUUGCUCAGUCUGUAGGUUAGCCUACAAAAAGUUCAUGAAUCUAGCUGGAAAGCCUGUCCUCAAAGCUUUCGUUGAAUGCUUUCCCUAAAGUUCUAAAAUAAGUAUGAUUUAAAAGCCAUUCCCCAACUGUCCACCAAAAAUUCUGUCUAUUUACUUUGUUUUCCAUAUUCUGCCAGUAUUAUUGUUGUUUGUGCAAUUUUCGCCCUCAUCUGAUCCUAUACAUCUCUACCCGAGUGCUGUUGUGGACAUCUGCAGUUUAUUGACGCUGCGGAGAAUGAAAAUCGAACAAUCAGUACAGCUACGCCUGAUAUUCAGGAAGUUUGUAGACGUUACUUGAGUUUUCUGAGCAAUCCUGGAUAUCGUUAGUGUGGAAAGGCAGUAUGUAUGAUACGGAAGAUUGACUAGAAGUGGAGUUGGUGGUCAGUAUGAAAUUGUCAAUAGUUUGUAGUAGUAGCAGUAUUGCAUGAUUAAUACCCGCAAUAAAUUUAUAUCUCCUUUUAGUGUAUUUUGGUUUCAAUUGUAAAUAUUUGAUAAUAGAACAUUAAUAAUCCCUAGUUCCACCUUUUUACUUCAUUUGUAAGUAAAGAAAUUUGAUUUUAACCUAUUAUCUUGCUGUUUUCUUUCUUUAGCGAGAUUUAAGUGUACCAAGCAUUAACCUACAACGCAACGGUCACCCUUCAAUGGAUUUGGAGUCAGUCGAUACUAAAAAGUCGCGUGUUGAUCACCGAAUAGAGACACAGCCAUCUCGUGUUGUACAUAUACGAAAUAUGCCUUCUGAUGCAACAGAAAAUGAGAUUGCGCUUUUUACAAUACCAUUCGGUUCACUCAAGAAUAUGGUUCUUUCUAAAAGAAGUAACCAAGCUCUUAUCGAGAUGAAUGUUCUGGAGGAAGCUGCACAACUAGUCACUCAUUACCUGAAAUAUCCUGUUACUUUGCAUGGGAAACACCUGAUCUUUCAGUUUUCUACACAUUCACACCUUGAAUUAGUUUCCGAAAAUGAUGCUGUCGUUAAUGCGAUCAAAAAUGCGAAUCGAGUAGUUCAACAAGAUCUUCCCGGUGUACAAUCCGGUGUCCCUAACACUGUAUUACGUGUAAUCAUAGACAACAUUAUGGGGCAGCAAAUUAAUCAUGUUAUUCUGUAUAAGAUAUUUCAUCGGUUUGGAACCCUUUUACGUGUGUUAAUUUUCCUACGCAAUAAUCAGUAUCAUUGUUUAUUGGAGUUCCAGAAUCAUAUCCAAGCGUUCGUCGCUAUGUUACUCCUCAAUGGUCAGAAUAUAUAUACUGGUUGUUGUUCUCUUCACGUGGAGUUUUCGAAAACCCGAGGACCUCUGGAAGUUCGCCGUGAAAAUGAUAAAUGUCGUGAUUACACCAUUUCACCUCUUACUGAAGAGGAAUUAAAUAGUUUACAAGCAUUACCAAGCGGAGUAAAUACGACUACAGUAAAUCAGACUGUGAAUGCGAUUACUCAACCCACAUUGGGACAGGGUUUGUCUCUAGCUAAUCCAACUGCAGCAUUCACUACUGUUCCUCAAGCCCCACCUGCAGGCAUCAAUGAACUUGCUCUUCAGUUAACUCUUCUUGCUCAACAGUCUGGUCUUGCCUUAACACCGGCUGCAGCCGCAGCUACUGCUAGUUUCAUGGCUUUAACUGCCCAAGGUGGAAAUUCUGCUGUAAACCCAACAUCAGGAAAUAUAAUAAAUGCGGCAGCAUUGUCAACUCAGCGUACUGCCCUGCCGAAUGUCCCAAAUCAGGCACAGAUUGUGCCUACUUUAGUUCAACAGUCUGUACCUAAUAUGGGACAAACUGGGGCUAGUACUGUGUUAAUAGUCUCGAAUCUCAACGAGGAGAAAGUAUAUCCAGAUGCAUUAUUUACACUUUUCGGUGUUUAUGGUGAUGUAACUCGGGUCAAGAUAAUGUUUAACAAAAAGAGUACUGCUCUGGUUCAAUUCUCAGACCCUCAACAGGCACUGACAGCUCUUUAUUAUCUGAAUGGGCAACCGUUGUAUGGAAAACCGUUGAAAAUAGCUGUCUCACGCUUCAAUAUUGUUCAAUUGCCAAAAGAGGAUUCAGAUGUUGGACUGACAAAGGAUUAUACGAACAGUCCACUUCAUCGAUUUCGUAAACCGAAUUCUAAGAAUUUUGCCAAUAUUUAUGCGCCAAAUCAUGUCCUGCAUUUAAGUAAUAUUCCCUCUGCGAUUACAGAGGAAGAAGUUAGAAUGAUUUUUGAAACCAAAGGAUAUCAUGUUACAGAUUUCAAAUUUAUGCAGAAGGAUAAGAAGAUGGCACUGAUUCAACUUGAAAAUGUAGAUAUGGCUAUUCAGGCUUUAAUAGAUCUUCAUAAUUGUCAGCUAACAGAAAAUUCUCAUUUGCGUAUCAGUUUUAGUAAGACUGCUAUAUAAAUACCUUUCAGACCUCGUUGGUUGUCUACCUUUAUUUAACUUUGAUUCCUGGUACAUAAAAAUACAUUUUAUAUAAAAACCAAGUUUACUUUUGGCCUUUUAUCACAAUUCAGAUAUGUUUAUUUUAUUCAGAGUUAAUUCUUCCAACUUUCUCAACUGCAUUAGCAUAUUGUGUGCUUCAAAGUUUAACUUUCAUGUAUUAGUCUGAACACAGUGAGCAGCAGUAAUCGUCGAAUGUUUGGCAAACGAUUCUCUCCUGUCAAAUUUAAGAUGAUGCUAAAGAACUAGACUAGAUUGACUUCUAGGUUAAAGAUAAAAAGUGAAAU